UCGACCCCGGCAAGAUGGCGGCCCCCUUGGAGCUCAGUUGCUGGGGAGGUGGCUGGGGGCUCCCAUCGGUGCACAGCGAGUCCUUGGUGGUGAUGGCUUAUGCCAAAUUUUCUGGUGCACCCUUGAAAGUCAAUGUCAUAGAUAACACCUGGAGAGGUUCAAGAGGAGAUGUACCAAUUUUGACAACUGAAGACAACAUUGUUUCUCAGCCUGCAAAAAUACUAAACUUUUUAAGAAAACAGAAAUAUAAUGCUGAUUAUGAACUCUCAGCAAAACAGGGGGCAGAUACCCUGGCUUACAUUGCUCUCAUCGAAGAGAAGCUUCUUCCUGCAGUGCUUCACACAUUCUGGGUUGACAGUGACAAUUACUUUACUGUGACAAAGCCAUGGUUUGCUUCACGAAUUCCUUUUCCCUUGAGUUUGAUUCUGCCUGGAAGGAUGUCUAAGGGAGCACUAAAUAGAAUUCUUCUGACCAGAGGAGAGCCUCCUCUCUACCACCUCCGAGAAGUGGAAGCUCAGAUAUACAGAGAUGCCAAGGAGUGCCUAAAUCUUCUGUCAAACAGAUUGGGAACAUCUCAGUUUUUCUUUGGAGAUACGCCAUCUACCUUGGAUGCCUAUGUGUUUGGUUUCCUCGCGCCACUUUAUAAAGUACGCUUUCCUAAAGUUCAGUUACAAGAACAUCUGAAACAGCUCUCCAACCUGUGCCGCUUUUGUGAUGACAUCCUAAAUAGUUAUUUUAGGCUUAGUCUUGGAGGCAUCUCUCCUGCUGGACAAGAAACAGUAGAUGCAAAUCUGCAGAAACUCACACAACUUGUAAAUAAGGAAUCCAACUUGAUUGAAAAGAUGGAUGACAAUCUUCGCCAAAGCCCUCAGCUUCCUCCUCGGAAACUGCCAACACUUAAAUUGACUCCAGCAGAAGAAGAAAGUAAUUCCUUACAACGGCUAUCGCCCUGACAGCCCUCAUGCUUUGUGUCCAAAGUCAUGUGAUUGUUGCAGUCAUCUCUUACACUACUUAUGUGAAGGCAAACAGAAAAUGCCAUUAGUAGGUAUAAGGAAGGCUCUAAAAAGAAACUUUCUCUGACAUCUAGUUUUUCUUAAUUAGGAAGCUUGUAUUUUAGCUUCGCAGUGCACUUUAGAUAACAUCAGAAUGAAUGCUAAAUGAACUUGGGGAAAAAAGAAAACACACUGUACUGUAUAUUUAAACAACAACAACCUGCCUUAAUCUUGGCAGAUUUUUGCCUUUAGUUCACAUGUUGCUGACCAAAACAUACAAUUCUGUUCUGAAUGUGUGCUCUUAUUUAUUCAAGUUAAUUUAUUAAUCUAGUUUUCUUAGAACAGUUUGAAUAUCUAAUACGUGGCUUUUUGAGGCUUUUUUUUUCUUCUGUUUAGAAAUUUUGAUGCCAAUUUUAGACGUUAGGGGAAAAUGUAAUAUUCUCAUAUUCUAUUUACUUCAGUAGAAAAGCCUGUAUUUAAAAAGCAACGAGGAAUGUGCUUUUUAAUUAUGUUCUCAGAAGUAUAAUCUUCUGGGCGAUCAGUACUACACACA